AUGGCUCAUCCUCAUUGCCUCUAGGCGAGCUGAGAGCGUGAGAGAGUCUCAUCUUAGGAUCUUCAAUCGGCUUCAUUUAGAAAGACAAAUUUAUACACUUCUACGUUCUCUAACAUUCAGAUUUAACAUCUAAAAAUGCCGACAAAUAAAUUAGCUCUUUUAAGCGUAUCAGAUAAGAGCAAUCUGUUACCAUUAGCAAAAAAAUUACAUGAAUUUGGAUUGACAUUAAUCGCUUCUGGUGGUACUGCACAGGCAUUGAGAGAUGCUAAGUUACCUGUGCGAGAUGUUUCUGAAAUUACAGGAGCACCUGAGAUGCUUGGUGGACGUGUGAAGACUCUUCAUCCUGCUGUUCACGCUGGUAUUCUUGCCAGAUUGACAGAUUCCGAUGCCCAAGAUCUUCAGAAGCAAAAUUAUGAUCUCAUCCAAGUAGUAGUUUGCAAUUUAUACCCAUUUGUAAACACCAUUUCGAAACCGAAUGUAACGGUCGAAGACGCGAUAGAAAAUAUUGAUAUCGGUGGUGUGACUUUGUUACGCGCUGCUGCUAAGAAUCAUAGCAGAGUUACAGUUAUCUGUGACCCUAUCGAUUAUGAAAAGGUCAUCAAAGAGAUGGAGGCUUCUACCGACAAGAACACCUUUUUGGAGACUAGACAAACUCUGGCCCUGAAAGCAUUCACUCAUACUGCUGAAUAUGACAAUGCCAUCUCGGAUUAUUUCCGCAAGAAGUAUAGCGCCGGUAUCUCUCAGCUUACUCUUCGCUACGGCAUGAAUCCACAUCAAAAACCCGCGCAAAUAUUCACUACUCUGGAAAAGCUACCAUUGUCUGUAUUGAAUGGGUCGCCUGGUUUCAUCAAUUUGUGCGAUGCGUUAAAUGGCUAUCAAUUGGUAAAGGAACUUCAGUCCGCUCUGAACUUACCUGCGGCGACUUCCUUCAAACACGUCAGUCCAGCUGGAGCUGCAGUUGGGAUUCCCUUAGAUAGUGUGCAGGCGAAGCUGUGCCAAGUGGAUGAUCUUUAUAAUCGUGGAGAGCUUACGCCCUUGGCAACUGCAUACGCUCGUGCACGAGGUGCUGAUCGAAUGUCCAGUUUUGGUGACUUUGUCGCAUUGUCUGACCCCUGCGAUGCUGUAACAGCAAAGAUCAUAUCAAGGGAGGUCUCAGAUGGCAUUAUCGCACCUGGCUAUUCACAAGAGGCACUUGAAAUAUUGAAGAAGAAGAAGAGCGGUGGAUAUUGCGUGCUUCAAAUUGAUCCUUCUUAUGUACCAUCCCCGAUGGAACGUAAAACUCUGUAUGGCCUUGUCAUGGAACAGAAACGUAACGAUGCGAUGAUCGACAAAUCAACGUUCAAUAACAUAGUUACAACGAAGACGAAAUCUCUAUCGGAGAAUGCUAUUCGUGAUUUGAUUGUGGCUACUAUCACUGUAAAAUAUACGCAGAGCAAUUCCGUUUGUUAUGCAAAGGAUGGACAAGUGAUAGGUACGGGAGCUGGACAACAAUCUAGAAUUCAUUGCACUAGACUUGCUGGAGACAAGGCUGAUAACUGGUGGCUUCGCCAACAUCCGAAAGUGAUAGGAAUGAAGUUUAAGAAGGGCGUAAAAAGAGCGGAGAUUUCUAAUGCUAUUGACAAUUAUGUCAAUGGAUCCAUUGGAAAGGACAUGGAUGAGGCUACAUGGGCUGCCAUGUAUGAGGAAAUUCCUGAGAAAUUAUCGGAAGUUGAUAAAAUUGAAUGGAUCAAGAAGCUGGACAAUGUUGCUUUAAGCAGCGAUGCUUUCUUCCCAUUUAGGGAUAAUGUCGAUAGAGCUAGACUCAGUGGUGUCAAGUUUAUCGCGAGUCCCGCUGGCUCUACAAAUGAUGCAGCGGUAAUCGAAGCUUGUAAUGAACAUGGAAUAGCAUUGGCUCACACUGGUUUUCGAUUAUUCCACCAUUAAAUCUGAGAUAGAUUUUAUACAUACAUUGUUACUAUUUUUAUACGAUGUAUUCAGCUGAAAAAUUUUUUCCAAUUAAUGUUACGUCUCGAUAUAUAAGAAGAGCGAUAACAUAGAAAAUAUUUUUAUACCUCUUUUUACUUCUAAUGUUAAGCUUUAUAUGCACAGUUAUAUAUUAAACUGUUAAAUAUAAACACAUUUGUGUGUAUAUAUA